AUGGCGGAUGAUACUGUGCAAGAAUGCAAGGAACGUCUUCUUCAAGCAGGUUUUGAAGAACUGACAGAAGCUGCCCGUUGGGAUGUCAAACCCAUGGGAAAAUAUUUUGUUACAAAAAAUCGUUCGGCGAUCAUUGCCUUCGCCGUUGGUGGUUCAUAUGCCCCAGGUAACGGAUUUGCAAUCGUGGCAGCUCAUACCGACAGUCCAUGUCUUCGAGUAAAACCUGUGUCGAAAGUACAAUCGGAGAAGUUCAACCAGGUUGGCGUAUCCACUUAUGGAGGUGGCAUCUGGAGGACAUGGUUUGAUCGAGAUCUCUCAGUCGCUGGAGAAGUUGUCCUCAGAGCGGGAGACACCCUUGCUCGGCGGCUUAUCAAUAUCGAACAUCCCAUCUUGUUUAUUCCUAACUUGGCAAUUCAUCUGACAAAAGAUCGAGAGAAUUUCAAUUGUAACAAUGAGACGCACCUUCGCCCUAUUCUCGAGACCUUCACGUCUGCCGGUCUCAACAAGAAGGAAUUGUCGGCGAGUUUGGAAAGGAAUAGUUUACAUAGACAUUACAAGACUUUAAAAGUGCUUUCGAAAUUUCUGUUUUCAUCCGAACCUAUUCUGCAGUUUCAGAGCCAAUCAGAGACACCGAAAGAUCCACGUGAUAUCGUCGCUGAUCACCAUGCAAAUUUCCUCGAUCUUGUCGCCGUAUCUGCUCAUACCACCGCGGAUCAAGUCGUGGACCUCGAUCUCUAUCUCUACGAUUCCAACCCAGCGGUAAUAGUAAUCCAGAUUCUUAACUGUUGUUAG